AUGGCGCUGGCGACGGGCGGAUUUACGGUGAGACGCACGACGCUGCCCUCCGACGUGAUACUGAAGGUGAACAUUAACGUGAUCGGGGCGACGAAGACGCUCAAAUUCGAUGGCACCUGCACGGUGAGGGAGGCCAUGCGAUUGAUCGCCCACAAGUGCCUGCUGAGCGUAUCGGACGAGGAUCUGGAGACGCAAUUCGUGCUCUACAAGCCUGAUGGCGACUUCGAUGGCACCUACCUCGAGAAUCACUCGUCCUACCUCUCUGCCAACAACCUCCAGAACCAGGAUUGGAUCGAAUUCAGACGCCGUCCUACAAAAUUGGUCGUUCAGAACCUGACCGGCCAGAUGGAGUCUCUACUCGUCGAUUUCGAUGCCUCCAUCUCCUCCCUCAUCCUCUUUCUCGGCAAGAAGUACUCUUACAAGGAGCCCGAGAAGCUGGAGCUGCACCUGCAGGCGCGGCCCGACGAAGCGCUGCAGUUGGGGCUUUCGCUGGUGGAGCAGGGCGUGGAGCCCGGGGCCUGUGUGCUCCUGCAAAAGAAGGAAAAGCAGACCAAGAUGUCCAUCUUUCGCAAAGGCCGAACCAGCAACUACCCCGGCUCGGGACCCGGGGGAGUGGUGCGUCCGUGGCAACCGCCAGGCGACAAGUCGUCGGGACCGAGGCCACUCAUCUUCGGCGGUACGCUCGAGGACACACUCGCCGGGCGCGACCUGCCGGAGCGGGGCAUCGACAAGGAGGGAAUCUUUCGUCUCUCGGGCAGUGCGGUGGCGAUCGAGGGGUUCAAGCGGGCGUUCAACGAGGGCCAGGACGUGGACCUCAACAACUGCCUCGACAUCCACGUCGUGUGCGGUCUCCUCAAACAAUUCCUGCGAGAGCUGCGCGAACCCCUCCUCACCUUUGACCUCUACGACAUCUUCCUCGAAACCGGAUGCCAACGUACCCUCAACGUUUCCCUUCACCUCCUCCCACGCCUCGGCCGAUGCUGA